AUGGUCCGCAGAUUCGUGUCGCCUUGUUCCUGUGGCAUGUUGGUUCUCGACCAACACUUCAUGUUUGUACAUGGACGAUACGAGCCAUGGGCUACAGAAUUAUUACUAAAAUGUCUUGGCCAAGGGUCUCGGUCAAUCCAUUAUUGUGGGGUGGCUGUGGAGCAAGAACAGCCCGAUAUUUUGGAUAAGAACCCACCCACAACAACGGUCAUUCUGAAACACUGUUGA